AGCACAUCAAAGACAAAUUCUGGAAUUUUAUUUUCUACAAAUUCAUCUUUAUAUUUGGUGUUCUUAACGUGCAACAAAUGAACGAGGCGAUGUUGUGGUGUGCUUGGUUUACAAUUAUUGGUUUCUUUCAACUUUUUACCCAGUUGUGUUGUGAUAGAUUUCAAUAUGUGAGUAGACUUUGACCAACAUUUUAUAGCUAGGUUUCACCAAGCACUAUCGUGUGUAUAUAAAUACAAUAAAGAGAUGUUAUUUAGUUAGUUUGCUGUUUGGUCAAUUUGCGGUUUGGUUUGUUUAGUCAGUUUGGAGGCAAAUAAUACAAUAGAGAGAUGUUGUUUAGCCAGUUUGCUUCUAAAGUGUCAAUAUUUACAGCCCUGACAUACUAACUCAACACAGCUGCUGGCAGGCCUCGAAUUUCCCUGAAAUCAAUCAACGGCAAUGGUGUUAAAAAUUGCCGUAGAACGUAACAGCUGUCUACGGCAAUUUUGGCAGUUUCCACGGCAUUUUUUCAAAUUACUGUAAUAAAUAUUUUAUUUUAUUUUUACUUUGGAUUGUUGACAAGCUAGAAACAUGUUUACGUAUUUCUUUAGUGUUUUUUUUUUCUUGAAGAAAACUGAGACUUAAAAAUAGUAAUUUAUGCAUGAUUUGAUCAACAUCUGAACUCAAGUAUCAAAAUAGUAAUGCACAGUGAAUAGUAUAAAAAUUAUACUAUGUACAGCAAAAAAUUGCCAUCGUUGCCGCAAUGAUCCACGGCAUUUUGUUCUCCCUCUACGAUAAUUGCCAUGAUAAAAUUCAAGCCCUGGCUGCUGGUAGUUGCUUGAAAACGUCUUAUCUUAUAUAUGCUUGCUUUGUUAUUUUACUUUGUCUAACACCAGACAAUUUUACCCAUAAAGUAAAUGUGUUUGGUGCUAAUGGUUUAAAAAUGAUAUUUUUCAGUUGUGUUAUUCUCCAUCAACCACCAACGUACAACAUGGCAAAGUCGUGUCGCUUGUUGGUGGAAUUAUCUUCUCUUGUUGUGCCUUGACUGGACUGUCAUUGUAUGUUGGACAACAGAAAGAUAUUCAUGUUUUCUUCUUUUUAUUUUGUGAGGUGAUUAUGCAACCUAAUAUUUACUUCCAGAUAUGCACUGUUAACAAACAUGUACAGAAAGAUGGACAGACAGACAGAUGUUUGGCUAGACAUACAGACAGAUGAAAGCAUAGACAGACAAACAGAUGUUUGACUAGACAUACAGACAGAUGAAAGCAUAGACAGACAAACAGAUGUUUGAUUAGACAUACAGACAGAUAAAAGCAUAGACAGACAAACAGAUGUUUGGCUAGACAUACAGACAGAUGAAAGCAUAGACAGACAAACAGAUGUUUGACUAGACAUACAGACAGAUGAAAGCAUAGACAGACAAACAGAUGUUUGACUAAACAUACAGACAGAUGAAAGUUUGACUAGACAUACAGACAGAUGAAAGCAUAGACAGACAAACAGAUGUUUGGCUAGACAUACAGACAGAUGAAAGCAUAGACAGACAAACAGAUGUUUGACUAGACAUACAGACAGAUGAAAGCAUAGACAGACAAACAGAUGUUUGGCUAGACAUACAGACAGAUGAAAGCAUAGACAGACAAACAGAUGUUUGACUAGACAUACAGACAGAUGAAAGCAUAGACAGACAAACAGAUGUUUGGCUAGACAUACAGACAGAUGAAAGCAUAGACAGACAAACAGAUGUUUGGCUAGACAUACAGACAGAUGAAAGCAUAGACAGACAAACAGAUGUUUGGCUAGACAUACAGACAGAUGAAAGCAUAGACAGACAAACAGAUGUUUGACUAGACAUACAGACAGAUGAAAGCAUAGACAGACAAACAGAUGUUUGGCUAGACAUACAGACAGAUGAAAGCAUAGACAGACAAACAGAUGUUUGACUAGACAUACAGACAGAUGAAAGCAUAGACAGACAAACAGAUGUUUGACUAGACAUACAGACAGAUGAAAGCAUAGACAGACAAACAGAUGUUUGGCUAGACAUACAGACAGAUGAAAGCAUAGACAGACAAACAGAUGUUUGACUAGACAUACAGACAGAUGAAAGCAUAGACAGACAAACAGAUGUUUGACUAGACAUACAGACAGAUGAAAGCAUAGACAGACAAACAGAUGUUUGACUAGACAUACAGACAGAUGAAAGCAUAGACAGACAGACAGAUGUUUGGCUAGACAUACAGACAGAUGAAAGCAUAGACAGACAAACAGAUGUUUGACUAGACAUACAGACAGAUGAAAGCAUAGACAGACAAACAGAUGUUUGACUAGACAUACAGACAGAUGACAGCAUAGACAGACAGACAGAUGUUUGGCUAGACAUACAGACAGAUGAAAGCAUAGACAGACAGACAGAUGUUUGGCUAGACAUACAGACAGAUGAAAGCAUAGACAGACAGACAGAUGUUUGACUAGACAUAUAGACAGAUGAAAGCAUAGACAGACAGACAGAUGUUUGACUAGACAUAUAGACAGAUGAAAGCAUAGACAGACAAACAGAUGUUUGACUAGACAUAUAGACAGAUGAAAGCAUAGACAGACAAACAGAUGUUUGACUAGACAUACAGACAGAUGAAAGCAUAGACAGACAGACAGAUGUUUGACUAGACAUACAGACAGAUGAAAGCAUAGACAGACAGACAGAUGUUUGACUAGACAUAUAGACAGAUGAAAGCAUAGACAGACAAACAGAUGUUUGACUAGACAUACAGACAGAUGAAAGCAUAGACAGACAGACAGAUGUUUGACUAGACAUACAGACAGAUGAAAGCAUAGACAGACAGACAGAUGUUUGACUAGACAUACAGACAGAUGAAAGCAUAGACAGACAAACAGAUGUUUGACUAGACAUACAGACAGAUGAAAGCAUAGACAGACAGACAGAUGUUUGACUAGACAUACAGACAGAUGAAAGCAUAGACAGACAAACAGAUGUUUGACUAGACAUACAGACAGAUGAAAGCAUAGACAGACAAACAGAUGUUUGACUAAACAUACAGACAGAUGAAAGCAUAGACAGACAAACAGAUGUUUAGAAGAAUGAACAGACAAACAGAUGUUUGGCUAGACAUACAGACAGAUGAAAGCAUAUACUGACAAACAGAUGGUUAGAAGAAUGAACAGACAAACAGAUAGUUAGACUGUGGAAGUGUAAGAAACAGAAAAAAUAAACAGAUAGACAGAUGAAAAAACAGUCUGGCAACCAUUUUAAUAGUCAAAUUAAUAAAUUGAACAUGUGUUGUCACUAUUAAAUUUUCAGAUCAGUUUGCUGUCACUGAAAGUUUUACAUCUGGCAACAAAGUAAGUGAACUAUCAGAAUUUCAUCAACUCCUCAAGUGAAAUAGAUCUUGCUGAUUGUGACCAGUGUAUAGCUGCCAUUGAUUGAACAGGCACCAUCCUAUUUCCCUGAGGAGUUGACAUUGUAAUAUUUUAUAUUCAGAUAUACAAUCUAUUUGUUGGACUUGAAAAGUAACUCAACUUGGCAAAACCAGAAAACUGUGACAUAUUAUAGCGACAUUGGAUUUGAUGUGACCAUUUUAGUUGUGGAUAUCAUUUACCAUGUUUAUAUGUUGGUAUGUGUGGAUGAAAAAUUGUUAUACUGUUACUAGCUCAAUUUAGCCAUCAGAAAAGACAGUGAGUAUACUAGGUAAUUAUAAAGAUCACAAAAUGGUCUGAUAUUUGCUAGAAAGGAUUAUUUUGUUGAGAUGCAUCAUAAUUUGUUUUAACUGUAAGCAAUGAACUAUGUUGACAAAUUUCAGAUUUAUUCCAAUAUCUUCCUGAGUAUGGCGAGCUUGGUUCUGUGCAUGCAACUACGUUCAUUGUUCCAUGACAUAAAACACAGGCUGGCAAAACAUCGCAAGAUCAUCCGAGUGAGAAAAAUCGUUGAACAGAGGUACUGUAGUCUGAUCAGAGGCUCUUUAUCAAUGUCUGUGGAUGCCAGUUAAAAUUGAUGGCAAUUCACAGCUGUCAAUUAGCUAGAAUCUUAGUGUCAAACAGCAGAGUUUUGUAGGAGAUACAACUAUAUGAUAAUACAAAAAGAGCAGAGGCCCUUUGCCUCAAGUUAGUUGUAACUCCUACAAAAGACUGCUGUUUGUCAAUUAGAUAUCUUGUAAUAUGCAAAUUGCUGUUGUAUUGUUUGUCAAUUAUAUUAGCUUAAAUAGUUCAGACCCUCAACAAAAUCAACAGUGAUUGUUUUAAUAAACAGCACAAGUAAUGUAAUGUAUUUGUACAGGUUUGAAAAUGCCUCGGCUGAACUCCUUGAAGAAAGCUCGGAUAAUAAAUGCGCUAUCUGUUGGGAGAAAAUGCAACGGGCAAAGAAAUUGAAUUGUGGACAUUUAUUUCACAGGUACGGCAAUAAAAUUUCUCAAAAUCAUCACCAAGGCCUUGAUACCACUGUAAUAAGCAUCUUAAGUCAACAUUUGCGUUGAAUUUUACUUUCUUGUAGUGAUUGUCUCUGUUCAUGGUUGGUUCAUGAUUCUUCAUGUCCCACAUGUCGUCAUUCUUUGGAAGAAGAAAUGAAAGAUCCGAGCCAGCAGGGAGACAGGUUGCCCAGGAGGACAUUGUUAAGGAAUCAUUUCUUUCAUUUUGAUGGUCGACAAAUUGCGUCUUGGUUCCCCAGUUUCUCUGUUGAAGUUUUACAUACCAGAAUGGCUGCUGACACAACGCAGAUUCCAGAAAGCAGGAUUGAUACAAUGGUAGUUAUUCUCAGAGUUAUAAAGACAAUAAGUAUGGCGAACGCCUUGUGGCAAAUUGUACACAGCUUGUUGACAACUUGCCACAACGUUGUUGAGCUCAACAGACUUGUUACAAGUUGUUCCAACAACUUGUUAUGGUCCUGCAAUUCAACAAUUUGUCAACAAGUUGUGAGUGACAACCUUGCAGUAACUUGGUAAAAUAACAGCAUUGUUACAACUUGUUGACAAGCGUAUAAUGAAAAUAAUGAACUAAAUUCUUGUCUCUUCACAGGCGCAUGAAGUUCAAGCAAUCUUUCCGAACAUACCAAUCCAGGUGAUCCGAGCAGAUCUGACAAGAACACACUCAGUCGACAUCACAACAGACAAUAUCUUAGAAGGAAAUAUUCAUAUUCCCGCUGCUGUGGUAAGUGCACGUUGGGCAUUUUCGCUCAUCAAUUAUGCUUGAAUUUAAGGUUCCAUCCAAGAAUCUUCAGUCGUAAAUAAAAGCAAUGUGUAUUCUCAUGUUCGUCAUGUUUAACUAGCCUUUAAAUGCUCGUUACAAAUAUUGAAGUAAGGUAAAAAAUAACUGGGUUUCCUACUUUUUGCUGCAAAAACUCAGGUAGGGUAGGUAGGGUUUUCUUUCUUUCGUAUCGGCCUAACUAAGAUAUUUAUUGCACGAUGACGUAUUCCUGAAUGAAACUCUAGGCAUGGCAAGAGUCGACAGGGAAUGAGCCCGCACUACAAGCAUUACCAGGCGCAUCACAGAAUGUAUCUGAAGAACACGAACUACCACCUGAACCGACCAAUCACGAGAGAGAAGAAAGACAGCCGACAGUUGAAGAGAGAGACGUGGAGGAGACUGGCACUAGCGCGGUUCAAAGGACUAGGGCGAAUGAACGAGGGACGUUUGGAGUUGAUUUUGCGGAACAGACGGAUCAGAGACAAUCAUCUUUAAUUGAUCGCAAGAAACAAAUGUUGCAGAAUGCAAGGAAGUACGUGAUUUAGUUUUCUAAUUUUAAUUCUAAUUCUUUACUUUUAGUUCUAAUAUAUUUACCACCAAAUACAGUACUACUACACACAGAGAAAUAUUAUUUUCUCAUUAUUUUGUCUUGUAACUGCAGAUUAACCUGCUGCACCAUAGUGCUCGUGAAAUACCGGAAACGAAAUAAUCUGGACAUGAACUUUCUCUUAUUUAGGCGGUUUUUGGAAAAGAAAUAGACAGACUGUUUAGUUUCCACGUUGUGUGACGUCGCGUGCAGUGGAGCAGAGAUGUGAUCCAUGUAUGCAGGUAGGAUUCGCUCUCGGGAAAAUACGCCAACAUCGGCAAAAAGAGAAGUAUUUUCAUACGUAUAUUUUUAGAAGGAAAUGAUUUUUGCAGUGAACACAAUAUAAACAGAACUUGUAUAGCCCCAAUGGGGAAAUGACAAAUGAAACAAAAUGAAUUUUAGCUGAAGUUGGUUUUGAGUUGGUGUGCAAGAACAGUUUCAGUUGGUGUGCAAUCUUACCACUUCUAAAUACGCCUCGUAUUCAUAAUUUAAUGUAAACCUUAUUCUUUAAUAUCAUCCACACAGCGACUGAUCGAUCAUCGGAAUUGCUAAAGUUCCUGCAUUUUCCAAUGGUAUACAACCGAUUAUUUUUGGAAACAACUCUUUAGAGACAGUAAAUUUGCCAAGCUACAGCAUGUUGAGGUUUCUUUGCAAAGCCACGAACUGCUUACUGGGUUGAAAUUUAUUGUCUGUGGUGAUAAAAUUGUAUAAGUGAUGCGUUAAAUGAUGGCCUUUUACUAGGUUUUUUUGGGCACAAAAGCCAUUUAAAGUUCAUGCCAAUGUACGCGCAAAAUGAAUGACGUCAUGGUUCAAUUGGUUUCAACAUCGGGAUCGAAAUUGGCCCGACUUGGAACAAUCAUUAAUCGGCAAUUUCCGAUCGUGGCACGAUCCGUCAAUCGCUACUCCACACUUUUAAAAACGCACUACUGUACAUCCAUAAUGAAUUCAAUAAACAUUAUAUAUAGGUGUAUAUUACACCAUCACAUCUACAGUGAUAUACAACAUAGUAUCUUUGAGAAUCACUGUGUCUUUGAGAAUUUCUCAAAACGUAAAUAAUAAAUUAUAUACCUGUUACUGUAGGUAAAUAUUUAUAGGUAGUUGUAAUAUUAAUAGCUAGUUUUGUAUAGAAUUUACAUAGUUCCUAUAAAACAAUAAAUCUAGGAAUUUGUCGUUGUAUUGCUCUGUGGUUUCUCGCCAGCUCUGCUAACAUGCUGCCGCUUUUCAAACUCGACAACCUAGAAAAGUAUUUACUGAAUCCAAAUAUUUCGUCAAAAAUCUUAAAUUUGAUGUUCAGGGAUUUUCCUAAGUAAAGAUUUUCAGAGGUAAAUCCUGCGUUUUGAAGGAUUUGUAAGAAAUAUUUAACACUGAAUCAGUUCCCUCAAACAUUUCUUACAAAUCCUUCAAAACUUAGAAUUUACCCAUGCACAAUUCCUACUGUGAUCACAGAAACGUGAUAAUGUAAACCAGUCUUUACAAACAUUAGGCUAAAGAAGCAGUCGUGGUUUUGGUCUGCCUGAAAAUAUGGUGAAAGCAUGUCCAGAGAAGGUAAAAUAGUUUAUUGUAUAGAAAGCUAUAUCCAUUAUUGAAACCUCUAAAGAAUCCAUAAUAAUCCAAUAUUAUUUACCGUUGCAACAUUUAACUCAGCCAGUCUUUUCAUUUCAUUGUUGAGGCCUUCUGAUGUCUUAAGAUCCUAAAUAA